CGAGUGAACUCCACACCCUCACACACUCAAUCAUUUCAGAAUUCUUACAGAGAGAUAGAUCCAGUUCCAUGGAGACCUGCUGGGGAGACGAUGAUAACAAGAAUAUUGGACAUCGGCAGGAAGAUAACUUGGCAGAGAAGCAAGAAGUUCAUGACUUUCACCAGUGGAAGAAUUUGGGGAAACAAAUCACAAAGUGUCAGAUACUAGGAGACUGCCUUCCAGAAGAACCACCUGCAAUAGUCAGAAUCAUCACACACUCAAGACCGAGACAGAUUGAGGCCAGUCCAAUACCUGCGGAGCUGUACUCACCAACUCCAAGAUCCGAAGGGAACUCGACGCUAACAUCUGAAGAGCAAAAUAUGGCUCUGAAUAAGCUGAAGAAAAAAGUUUAUGAUCCUCCGAGUAACACGAGUAGGAGAAUAAAUUUCUAUUACAGAGAGAAUAACAGAGUAAACUACAAUGAGAGGCACAACAACAAUAGUGAUGAAGAAGGCAAGGGAUGCGCCGUUUGCCUUGAAGAUUUCCAGCCAAAAGAGGAGGUGAUGACGACGCCGUGCAACCAUAUGUUUCACGAGCAAUGCAUAGUUCCAUGGGUGAAGAGCAACGGCCAAUGUCCGGUUUGCAGAUUUACCUUGUUCGAACGACGAACAGAGCGAAGAGGAGCUUCUUCCAAUUUCAACAACAAUGUAUCAAUUGCGCCACCUAGUAGCCUAGUCGACGACGAGCUCAUGUACUUGAUACGAGCCAUGGAAGAGGCUCUGAUGCUACGAAAUGUGGCCGAAUUUUGGGGAGCAUGAAGUGGCAUCACGAUCUUCCCCAAAAAAUCAACACGCAGAAUGCCCUAAAUUUGAAGGAAUGAUGAAAUCUGAUCACUAAAAAAUUAAUGUUGUCCUCUGAACAUGAAAAUAAUUCGAGGAGAGAGCUCGUUGUAAGCAUAAAAAGCAUCCUCUCGGCGAUGACAUUUUCGAUCGAUUGAGUUUCUUCUUCGAUCUUGCGAUGAUCAUGAAAUUCUUGGCGCCAAAAGCUCAUAUACUUCAUCAUGCAAUUAAUCGUAGUAAUUUUCGAAUAGUGGUUAGAAAUCAAAAUACCAUACAACCUAACAUAGAAAUAUGUGCCUUUACAAGUUAUAACCACUCGAUCACAAUCACAUGUUUUGGACUUGUUUCAUGUUGACGUGGUUAGCUUUAGAUCA